AUGGGUGACGCCGACGCUCUUCCAGAUUAUGUCCUUGACCCCAACGCCGUCUUGAACGACAAAGACGCUGCCUGGCGCCAUGGCGCACCCCCAGAUUAUUCCAAAACAAGAGCAUUCUACCAAGAGACAAAACAAAUGAACCACCAGGCGGGCAGCCUCCCCGAUCUCGCCUCGAACCUCGUCAAGAACUGGGAGAUCGAAGCAUCCUUCAAGACCUCCCUCGACGACUGGCGCACAAUCGACCACAGCAAAUACACCUUUUCGCUGAACGGCGGACCUCCCCAGACAGGCGACCAUAUGCUCCGGGUGGGCACUUACAACGCCUUACUCACAUCCAGCUCGUACUACGACCCCGAACAUAAUGAUUUCUCGACAAGUCACAAGGCGUUCAAGCGGAUGAUGCCGACGUUUGCGUGGGAGGUCUUGGAGGUGUAUAGCGGGCCCCCGGUUGUGAUCUUCAAAUGGAGGCAUUGGGGGUACAUGGCGAAUGAUUACGUUGGGUAUAACAAUGGUGGAGAAAAGGUCACUGUCAAAGCGCACGGUGGUCUGAUUGAUAUCCAAGGCAUCGUCAUUGCCAAGGUCAACAGUUCGCUGCAGCUGGAAAAGAUUGACGUUUGGUUUGACCCUAUGGAUAUGUUCCGCCAGAUUUCGCGUGAGGAGAAAGUCGAGGGUGAGAACAAGGCUGCAGCAGAUGCUGCGGCUGGCUGUCCCGUGCUGGGCCAUGGGACCGUUUAG